AUGAGGUUCUCCACUCAACUGCUUCCUCUCUUCACGAGCUUGGCUUUUGCUGCGCCCCUCGACCUUGCCAGAUCUGACCUUCAUAAGCUCUUCGUCCGACAGGACAUCCAGACACCCGUGAACGCCUCACUACCCAAUAUCACCAUUUUCGCAACAGGAGGCACAAUUGCCUCCGUAGGCACUUCCAACACGCAAACAACAGGAUAUUCCGUCGGACUCGGCGUCCAACAACUAGUCACCGCCGUCCCGGAGCUCCUCAACAUCUCCAACAUCGCCGGCUACCAAAUCUCCAACGUCGACUCUGGCAGCAUCAACGAGACCAUCUCCCUAACCCUAUCCCACAUGAUAAACGAGGAGUUAGCAAAACCCGAAAUCUCGGGCGUAGUCGUAACCCACGGAACAGACACCCUGGAAGAAACAGCCUUCUUCCUCUCCUCAACCGUAAACUCCACCAAGCCCGUCAUCAUCGUCGGCGCAAUGCGCCCCGCAACAGCCCUCUCCGCCGACGGCCCCCUGAACCUCUACCAAGCCGUACUCCUCGCCGCCUCCCCCGCAGCCCUCAACCGCGGCACCAUGAUCGUGCUCAACGACCGCAUCGGCUCCGCCUUCUACACGACGAAAAAUAACGCAAACACACUCGACACCUUCUCCAGCACCGAAGCCGGCCAGCUAGGCGUCUUCGUAAACCAAGUUCCCUAUUUCUUCUACGCGCCCGCCGAGCCCGUCGGCCGCCUGGUCUUCGAUAUCUCCUCCGCCACGGAUCUCGCACAGGUGGACAUCCUGUUCGCGCACCAGGAUAUGAAUCCCGCGCUGUUCGAGGCGUCGUAUGCGGCGGGUGCGCAGGGCAUUGUGUUCGCGGGGACGGGCGCGGGGGGGUAUUCGCGGAAAGCUGGGGUGGCGGCGAGUGCGUUGUAUAAUGCGACCGGCAUUCCCAUUGUGGCCAGCCAUAGGAGUGCGGAUGGACUUGUUCCGUUGAAAGGCGAGGGUGUUGCUGCAGUUGGCGCUUACUGUGGGGUGGAGUGUGGAGGAGGUUAG